AGAUGAUUUUAAUUCAUAAUGAAAAUCAAUGAAAGUCGAUUUUCAUUCAUAAUUUGUAUUUUAAAAGUUCCAUUCCAUUCACUCCGCGAAUGUCAUCAAUGCGAAUUUGAAAAAUAACCUGACAUCCCUGCACCGCACACCUGUUUUUAAUCAACAUUAUUUUGCCACUUGAUAAGAUGUAAUCUUAUCUCGUCGAAAGGAAAAUAUACUCUAUUCGUUAAACGAUGUGAAUUUGCGAAUUUGAUUCCACCGGAAAGCUGCAAUAAUCAACAGUGUAAUGAAUCCCAGGAUAUUAAUUAUUGGUGCUGGAGCCGCUGGAGUAGCCACCGCAACCAGAUUAUUCGAGAAGGGGUACCGGAACCUAACGAUUCUUGAAGCGGAGGACCGCUUCGGGGGCAGAAUUCAUACAACUCAGUUCGCCGCGAAUGUGGUGGAUUUGGGAGCGCAAUGGUGCCAUGGAGAAGUGAACAAUGUUUGCUAUGAGAUGGGCUCUAAGUUCGACGUGUUCGAUUCCAACUCGGCGAAGUUCAAAACCUUCGUACUGACCAGGUCGGACGGCGAACAGAUUCCGUCGGAACAAAGCGAAAAGCUGACGAUGUUAGUGGGGACAAUUAUGGACUCGCACAAAAAUGAAUUGAAACAUUACCGGGGUUCCCUUGGCGCUUUCCUAAUGGACAAGUUCAGAGCGGCAUUGAAGGAUCCGGAAUAUGCAAUCAUCGAUCAUGAGACUGCCUAUCAGUUUUUAGAGUUUUAUCACAAAUUUGAGAAUUCAAUUGAGGCUUCCGACAGCUGGUUCGACACAUCCGGCCCAGGGUACCUGCAUUAUUGGGAAUGUGAAGGCGAUAGCUUGUUGAAUUGGAGAGAUAAAGGCUAUAAAACUAUUUUAGACAUCAUGAUGAAACGUUUCCCACUUCCCGAUGCAAUCAAUUCUAUAAAUUUAGAAUACUAUACUCACCUGAACAAAACAGUUUCGAGUAUAUGCUGGAACUCUGGCCCCGAUAGCAUCGUCUCGGUACGAUGUGCUGAUAAUAGCGUGUAUGACGCGGAUCACGUAAUUUGCACCGUUUCCUUAGGAGUGUUGAAGGAACGACACGAGUCGUUAUUCACUCCUGCAUUGCCUGCCAUAAAAAAGAAUGCCAUCCAGGGACUUUCCAUCGGCACGGUCGAUAAAAUGUUUCUCGAGUUUGAACGCCCAUUCUGGCCAGAGGACUGGCAAGGACUGAGUCUGCUCUGGAAGGCCGACGAUCUGGAGGGUAUUCGAGCUUCGCGGGACAGUUGGAUGGAGGAUGUGUUUGGUUUUUAUGUGGUAGAUUACCAACCCAACAUUCUGUGCGGGUGGAUUUCCGGCAAAAAUGCCCGUCGCAUGGAACGCAGUAAUGACGAGGAUGUCCGCAAAGGGUGCAUUUAUUUGUUGAGAAAAUUUUUGAAUAAUUCUUCCAUCCCAGAGCCAGUGUCGUUUAAACGGUCCCGGUGGUACUCCAAUCCCAACUUCCGAGGGUCCUACAGUUUCCGUUCGGUAACGACGGAUUUGUUGAACACAACGGCGGAGCACUUGGCGCUUCCAUUGACCAAUGCGUGUGGGAUACCGGUGGUACAGUUUGCGGGGGAAGCAACCCACAAUCACUACUACUCCACGGUUCAUGGUGCCAUCGAGACCGGAUGGCGCGAGGCGGAUAGAUUGGUAAAUUUGUAUAACAGGUUGCUUGCAAAUCAGAUCGAACAAGGCCCGAAGGCAUAUGUGGAUGUACUAAUUUUAGGCGCCGGGAUGGCCGGUCUCGGAGCUGCUCAAGUAUUACGCGAUUCGGGCAAAACAUUUGCCAUACUGGAAGCACAAUCCAUUGCUGGCGGUAGAGUAUGUACGGUGAAUAUGAAAACACUUGGUAAGCCCGCAAAUGAUAAAACUAUUGUUGAUGCCGGUGCACAAUGGUUACACGGCCGACAAAAUAAACUACACGAUAUUGCGCAGAAGAAUGAUCUACUGAGAGAUGAACUAUCAGAGGAAGGAUUGGGUGUAUUUCUGAGGGACGAUGGAUACCGAAUCAACGACUUUCUAGUGAAGAAAGUUGAUUUAUCAAUCGGCCAAAUGCUGGAGGAAUGCGAAGGGUUCGCUCAGAAGCAGUGUGAGCGUUUUCCAAGCUCGAUUGAAGCGUUUUUAGAGGAUCGUUUUACGAACAAGUUGAAAGACAGUUUUCCUCCGAAGGAACAUGAAGAGGCUAGACAACUAUUGGAUUGGCAUAUCCGUUUCCAAAUCAUAGACAACUCCUGUUUAGCCUUAUCAGACCUUUCCGCGAAACUAUGGGGAAGUUAUUCCUUCAAUGGAGAGAGCUGCCAGGCUCAUAUUAAUAUGAAACACGGGUUUCGAGAACUUGUCGACUGUCUGAUAGAUGACAUAGGGCACGAUAAGAUUAUCUACAAUAAAGCAAUAUGUGAAAUUCGUUGGAAAGAUUUGCGUUCUCGAAUUGUCGUCAAAUGCGUCGAUGGUACUGUGUACAACUGCAAACAUCUGAUUGUAACAUUUUCUCUGGGAGUGUUAAAGGCAAAUCUGAAUAAACUAUUCCAGCCAGCUAUACCCAAACCUUACAAAAGAUCCAUCCGGAACAUAGGCUUCGGAACAAUCGAUAAAAUUUUCCUGCAGUUCGAAUCUGCUUGGUGGGGCGACGCCGAAGGAAUUCAGCUAGUUUGGAGGAACAGUCUGAGGAAAAAUUCACAUUGGACUAGAUACUUGUCUGGGUUUGAUGUAGUUCAUCCAGGUCCCCCGAACACAUUGCUAGGAUGGAUUGGAAGUUAUGGGGCACUGGAAAUGGAGGAUCUAACCGAUGAACAAAUCGUGAACGACUGUGUUUUCAUACUGGAAAAGUUCACCAAUAAAAAAGUGCCGCAGCCGAUCAGUUUCUAUUGCACUCGUUGGCACUCAAAUGAUCACAUUCGAGGGUCCUACAGCUACACAUCUGUUAACUGUGACUACGAGCCAGGCUUUUUGGACAGUCUUCAGGCGAUGCUUGUGUGCGAUAAGUAUGAUCCUAUUUCAGGAGAACUUCUUCCCGACGUGGUGAGCUCGGGAACCACAGAGAAAUCUGCUAGUAUACAGUUCGCAGGUGAGGCCUGUCACGAGAAGUAUUUCUCUACGGUUCACGGCGCAUUUCUGUCCGGUAUGGAUCAAGCCAGAAAAUUGUUAUGAAUGAGUACUUAAAACAACUGCUUAAUAUCGCUCAAAACAUUGUGAUUGCCAUUUUCUAUAUUAUAAUUUUGCAAUGAUGAACAUAAACUUUUAGC